GGUUUGAUAAUUAUCACAAAAGCGCACGGGACGUUAUUAUUGUAACGUAAUAAUAAAUAUAAUUGUCGUCACCGUCGCGAUAUAUCCGUGUAAUAAUAAUAUUUUUACGUAACAAAUAAAACGCGAUCAAACGUCAGUGGCCGAUUAAACGGUAUUAUUGUAAUAGUUACGAGUCGUGCGUGCACCGCCGAUUCUUUCGUCCGACGGGUGUAAUAAAACCGUUGUUUGUUAAAUGUUAUUUGAUGGACGACCGUGUUUGUGUGAAAAUUUACCUGCACAGUUAUUAGGUAAUUUUUAAACGUUCAGCAGUGCAAAUCCGUCUAGUGUUUGGGUCGCUCUAAGACUUGCUUCCACACACGGUUAUCCUUUAUAAUGUUUAAGUUUAAUAGUUCUAAUAAACAUACUAUACACAACCAAACCGACAAAGACCUUAAGGAAGAAGGUAAUCGCCUAUUCAGCUAUAAACAGUACGAAAAGGCCAUUGAAUGUUAUAAUAAAGCAAUUAUCAAAAAUCCAGUUGUCCCUAUAUAUUUUACCAAUCGAGCUUUAUGUUUCUUGAAAUUGAAACAAUGGGAUAAGGCAUGUACAGAUUGUCGACGUGCUUUGGAAAUGGACUUUAAUUUCAUAAAAGGUUGUUUUUUUCUGGGUAUUGCACUUAUUGAGUUAGGAAAUUAUGAUGAAGCUAUAAAACAGUUGCAAAGAGCUCAUAACUUGACAAAAGAAAAAAAAGUCAACUAUGGGGAUGACAUAACAAGCCAACUUAGAAGAGCUCGUAGGUUAAAAUGGGAAAAACAGGAAGAAGUCAGACAGAAUCAAGAAAUAGAACUUUUGUCAUAUCUGACAAAACUAAUGGAUGAUGAUAUUGCUCGUAAGAUUAGUAGCAUUGAAAAACCAUCAGACAAUGAAGCUGAAAGUGAAAAGUACGAGAAUGAUGUUAUGAAGAUUAAAAGUCAAGGCGAAAAAUAUGCUGCUGAACUUCAUACCAUAUUUGCAAAGAAUGAUGAUAGGCGAAAAAAACGAGAAGUACCUGACUAUUUGUGUGGUAACAUAAGCUAUGAUAUUUUGCGGGAUCCAGUUAUUACUCCAAGUGGUAUAACUUAUGAUCGGAAAGAUUUAGAAGAACAUUUAAUGAAAGUUGGACAUUUUGAUCCUGUGUCACGUCAUCAUUUGACCGUUGAUCAGCUUAUUCCAAAUUUGGCCUUAAAAGAAGCUGUUGAAUCAUUUGUUUUGGAAAAUGAAUGGGUAAACUACUAUUGCACUUUAUAAUUUCAUAGUUAAUAAAAUUGUAAACUCUUUUCACUUUAGUUCUCAUCGUAAUUUCAACUAGAGUAACAACAUUAAAAUGUACCAUUUGUGACAAUUUUUAAUCUUAUUGAAUUUUUAAUUUAAAAAAAUAUUGGU